GUGGUAAGACUGCAGUCAGCCUGGUUCCUUGUUAUUAGUCCUAGUGGAGAUCGGGGAUCAUGGACAUUGAAGCAUAUUUUGAAAGAAUUGGUUAUAGGAAUUCUAGGAAGAAACUGGACUUGGAAACAUUAACUGACAUUCUUCAGCACCAGAUCCGAACCGUUCCUUUUGAGAACCUUAACAUCCAUUGUGGGGAAGCCAUGGAAUUGGGCUUGGAGGCCAUAUUUGAUCAAAUUGUGAGGAGGAACCGUGGUGGGUGGUGUCUCCAGGUCAAUCAUCUUCUGUAUUGGGCUCUGAGCACAAUUGGUUUUGAGACCACAAUGUUGGGAGGGUAUGUUUACAGUACUCCAGCCAACAAAUAUAGCAAUGCUAUGAUUCACCUUCUGCUGAAGGUGACUACUGAUGGCAGGGAUUACAUAGUGGAUGCUGGGUUUGGACGCUCUUACCAGAUUUGGCAGCCUCUGGAGUUAAUUUCUGGGAAGGAUCAGCCUCAGGUGCCUUGCAUCUUCCAGUUAAGAGAAGACAAAGGAAUCUGGUACUUGGACCAAAUCAGAAGAGAACAGUACAUUUCAAAUCAAGAAUUUCUUGAUUCUGAUCUUCUGGAAAAGAACAAAUACCGAAAAAUAUACUCCUUUACUCUUGAACCUCGAACAAUUGAAGAUUUUGAGUCUGUGAAUACAUACCUUCAGAAAUCUCCAACAUCUGUGUUUACAAGCAAGUCAUUCUGUUCCUUGCAGACCUCUGAAGGGGUUCACUGUUUAGUGGGCUGCACCCUUUCCUAUAGAAAAUUCAAUUUUAAAGACAAUAUGGAUUUGGUAGAGUUUAAGAUACUGAGUGAGGAAGAAGUAGAAAAAAAGCUUAAAAAUAUAUUUAAUAUUUCCUUGGAGAGAAAGCUUGUGCCUAAACAUGGUGAUCAAUUUUUUACCAUUUAGUAUAAGGAGUAAAAAUGGUCUUUGGUAUUACUUCAUGUCCUGAAACUUUUUAUUACAAAAAAUUUUAAACAUAUACUAGAGAAAAUAAAAUACUAAAUGUCUGUAUCACCCAAUUUAUCAAUUAUUAACUACCAUAUUUCUUCAAUGUUCACACAUUAUACCAAAGAAAAUUUUACCCUUAAAAAUAUCAGCAUUUAACAUUACAAAGUUAUAGUCAUCAAAACAGUAUGGUACUGGCACAAAAACGGACACAAAGAUCAAUGGAACAGAAUAGAGAACCCA